AACGACGUGAAGGUAUACGCUUUUUAAAAAACUACAAUUCCCAUAGUGCAACGCGAAAAGUGCGCACCCACGUCGCUUCUCGGUAUGCUCUGUGACUGCCACCGGACGGCUGAGUCGCGAAAGUGCAUCGCAGAGCGGCUCUUGAGCGGAGCUGCAGCCCCAGCAGGGGUGGAAAGAUGGAGUAGCCCAUGAUGUAUCUAAGCUGUCCUCCAUCAAGAUGUUCCCCGGAGUUUUCUAUGCACUACUGGCGGGUUUCCUCGCGGCCGUGGCAUCGUCGUCGGCCAAGCUGUCCCUGGGCGCGGACUACCUGAAGGGAGUGUGCGAGACGGGGCUGCGGACGUGGGGCGAGCAGCGGAGAUUUCGGCAAGUGGAUGAAACUACCGCCUGUGACCGGCUUCACAUCCCUCUGAGGCUGCUGUGCGGCGGAUUGCUUUUCACCUGCAAUGCUGUGAUGUGGACCUUCCUUGCCAAAGCACUCAGGUACUCGUCCUCCUCCACCCGAACCACUGUGACCACCACUGCCUCCAACUUCGUAUCUUCCGCUUUCCUGGGUCAGCUGAUUUUUGGCGAGGCUCAAAUAACACUGUGGUGGGUCGGGAUCUCUUUGACGUUCUCCGGCCUGCUCGUACUGCAGAGGGUUUCGCCGCAGGAUCGACAACCCAGCGCAGUCGCCAAGAGAGACGAAUGAUUGGCCUGAUUACAACUGAAAAUGUUUUUUUGUUGAAUUUACUUCAUUUUAUUUCGUGCAACCAUCUGAUGAAAUAAAAUUGAGUCAAUUUAACAAAAAAUUUCAAUGUAGGUACUUCACAUCCUGGUGCAAAAUACGCUUUGAAUAGCUUCUAAGUCUGAUUUUCCAUCACACCAAAGAUCACACAUCAUAAAUUGGCACAAUAUCACCAUGAAUUAAAGUUGAUUUUAUAUUUUAUCUGGUUACCAAAGUAUUUCUUUCAACUCACUAUGACACUCACUGUAAACAUCUGUGCAUACUUUAUAGUCAUAGCUGAAGAACUGAGCUCUUCUUUUCACAAUAACAUUAAUGUAGCUCUGGUGAGAAAAGCCUUUUACUUUUUCCCACUCCGCAUUACCAUUAAAAAGCUGCAGUAGAUAUGUUGCUACAACUCACACCCAAGAACUUGACAUCAUGCUGUGAGAUGAUUUUUGAGGAAAUAACCAUCUGUGCACAUAAAAAAAAAAGCAUUUCAGUUACAAUUGAGAACUGUGAAACUUUAACAUUAUUUGAAUGCUUUAAAUUCAAUUUGCUACAUGAUGUAACGGGCACAUACUAUUUUAGCACUGCUCUCUUUUGGCAUUAAAUCACACUUUGCUGUUGAUUCAACACAAUAUGAAUGCAAACUAUCAUUUUAUGUUCAUAUGCAUCCCCAUAAAUGUGACCACAAUGUGAUAAUAAACGGAGAUGAUUUAUAUUUCACAACAGGUACAAACAAAUAUUUUGUGUGUUGCAAUAUUUGCAUUGCCUAAAUGAAUUUUGCAUUUCGGGAACACUUAUUACUUAUUUUAUAGUUGAAGAUUAUCUCCUGCAUGAGACUCAGUGCAAUCACAUCAAUAACCAUUUAUUAUUCUUUAUUUGAGAGUUGAGCUUCUCCUGGAGAAGGAAGCGGUUCUCAUUAGACUGCAAUUGUACCUAAUGAAGUCUCUUUAUGAAGACCCAGGGCGAGUUGCAACAGUAAGUAUCUCCAGUAUCUAAUGAGUGUUUCCUUUCCCUCAUUCGAUUUAAUAGGGCAAUCUUGAAGUGAGAAACGCCUGCAAGCCUCUUAGUAGUUCCGCUUCUAGGAAGUGCUCUUUUGGCGCUGUCACUCUGAUGCCAUUCAGUCAUGAUAUGUCAAAUAUAAUGUGAAGUAUUUGUAAAAAGAUUAUUUUAUGGAAGAGAUUGUCACCUCCACUGGAGGGGUAAAACACAAAAAUUCUGAAAUAAAUAUCUGACAGUGUUCUCAA